GCCCCUGACCCUGACCUUAAGCUCUAAAAUCCACAGUGUACUGGAAAAAGCGUAAUAGAUUGUUCUGACUUGACCAUCAGAAUGACAUAUCCCAAUUUAUUUCUUCCUUUCCGUAAGGCUGAAUAAAGCAUUGUUAAUCAUGCCCUCCUAAUCUUGGCUCGGCAAUCAACCACUAAAGUAGCUCCACUAAAUUCUCCGGCAAGUUCUAGCCUUGACAUUUGUCAAAGACCUCAGCCUUGUCUUUCAUUAUCAUUCAUACAUUUUUUGUCCCCAAAUUCAGUUCUUUCAGUUGCUUCAGCUGCAGCAAUGGCAGAUUCUGAUGGUGAAUAUGUGGAUGAUCUCUCAGAUGAUGAUAUUGGAGCGCCCGCCAAUGUAAAUGCCGGACAUGGCACGCGGUCUACUGGAGCUGCUGCGGGACCCGCCGGAUCAGCUACCAGGGAAAAGGCUACAAAUGGAGGAGGUAAUAGACGGAGAGCUGCCUGGGAAGACAUUCAAAGAAGUUGGGACACUGUCGUCGAAGGAGCAGAUGGUAGUAUCAAUUCUGCGGUUGAGGGAUUGAGGGAGGCUAACAAGAGGAAGAGGUAAGAGAAGCUCUCUUUUUUUAAUGCUUCUGGGUUUGGCAACGUGCUGAUAUAGGCUAUACAGAUUGCUGAGAGAUACAACGCCCUUACAGCGAGGUAUCAUCCGCCACCUAAUACUCAUCCUCGACCUAUCCUUCGCCAUGACAGAAAAAGACAUGCGCCCCACGCGAUACCUUCUUACGCUCCGCUACGCGAGCGAAUUCGUCAUUGAAUACUUCGAACAAAACCCUAUCUCACAGCUCGGCAUUGUUGGCAUGCGCGAUGGCAUCGCAGUGCGUAUUUCAGAUAUGAGUGGGAAUCCUACCGAGCAUAUUGAACGAUUAAAGGGUCUUCGUGUAGACCAAGGUCAAGGAAAUCCUAGUUUACAAAAUGCGUUGGAGAUGAGCAGAGCUGCACUUUUCCACGCUCCAAGCCAUGGUACAAGGGAAAUACUCAUUAUAUACGGUGCUCUGCUUACGAGUGAUCCGGGCGAUAUCCACGAAACAAUCUCCUCGCUCAUAACGGACCGCAUACGGGUUAGUAUUGUUGGCCUCGCGGCCCAGGUUGCUAUUUGCGCCGAAAUAUGCUCUCGUACUAAUGCUGGGGAUGACACGGCAUAUUCUGUUGCGCUGAACGAGGAGCACUUCAGACAAUUGAUGAUGGCAACUACAACACCCCCGGUGACGCGUACUAAAAAACAAUCUCAGAGUAGUUUACUCAUGAUGGGUUUUCCAUCUCGAACACUCGGGCCGGGGAAAAGUAUGAGUUUUUGCGCAUGUCAUGGAAAGUUAAGUAGAGGAGGUUACCUCUGUUCUCGAUGCGACAGUAAAGUGUGCUCGCUACCAGCCGAGUGCCCGGCAUGCGGCCUUACACUUAUCCUCUCCACCCAUUUGGCCCGCUCAUAUCAUCAUUUAUUCCCUUUGCGAAACUGGGUGGAAGUCCUCUGGAAAGAUGCGGGGAGAUCUAAGGCUUGUUAUGGAUGUCAAGUACCCUUUCCUCGAAGGGAUGAACACGAGAAGGGAGCACCAGAACUCGGAUUGAGGAGUAUGAGUGAGAGUGGGAGGUAUGCGUGUGAGGUUUGUGGAAAUCACUUUUGCAUAGAUUGUGAUGUUUUUGCACAUGAGGUGGUGCAUAAUUGUCCUGGGUGCCAGAGCGACACUAGAGGCUUGAUUACUGGGGCUAGUAGGAGAGGAGCAGGAGGUGCCCCAGCGAGGAGUACGGAAAAAGACGUAGAUGCUAUGGUUGAAUAAGCUAUGUCUGGUUCGACUUGGCUGGUCUCAGGCUGGUUUAAAUUAGCAGGUCUAACACAAGUGCAAAUGGGAAAACAUAGGUGAUUUGGAUAAAAAUUCAGCGUCUAAUCUUACCCUUCGCUGUAUACGCAGAAAGGAGUCGGUUGGUCAAAAUAAGAUAUUACUAGGUACUGUACCUAGCGAAUUCUGAGGGGGAAGCGAGACGAGGGCGAGGGGAAACGAAGCGAGGCGUCUAAGUUAGAUCGAACGAUCAAAUUGGAUUCUGAUGACAUAGGGGAUACUAAAUCGCAAGUAUUUAGUAUCUAGUACCUAGCUAGGUAAAUACAUUUCCGGGAAGAACCAUAUGUAACAAGCUGAUCAUAGAUCAAGAGUUAAAGCUCGUAUGGAAUGAGAGAUGGAAGAUGAAUAUGAGAGAGAUGUUCUAAAUAACGAUUCGAGGAAACUGCUAAGUAGGCUAGGAGUGAAAGCUGGAGAGCAGACCACCUACUCGAGUAGGUAGUCAUGCAAUGUAUAAAAUAGUUACAUAGGUAUUGAAAUAUACUCUUUUU